CAGUCGACCGGAUAGAGCAACGCGAACAAGGUGGCAAAUCGACAACGGCGACCCAAAGACCAGUGCGCGAAGUAUAUACAAAUAUAUAAUAUACAUAUAUAUGUACAUGUAUAUGUAUAUCUAAUGAGAUACAUAUACUAUUCGGAAUAUAGCCCAUAGUAUAUAUAGGCGCAUUCACAUAAGUCUUAUACUAUAUAUGGAGAAAUAUUUAAGUGAAGAAUUCUCUGAAAUGUUUGACGAAAAGGAGAAAUGUGAAAAUUGACGUGUGAUUCGUAUUCAUAUCUGUGGGUAAUCGUGUGCGUGCGUGUGUGUGUGUAGGUGUGUUGGUCAUGAAAAUUGCAGGCAACAUCAUAAAACCUACAGCGAGAAAAGAAAUCAAACUGCAAAGAAAUACACCUUCGAGUAAUUGGCCUCGACAACAGACACAGCAACAACCACAGUCAUAGCCAUGGUGAUAAGCAAACCCGACUCGACGCCCAAUGGGACGGCGGCGAGUGCUGCUGAUGCCGCCGCGGCUGGUCUGGAUGCGGGCGCAAACAGCAUGGCACAUCGGUCGGGCAUACCACAGGAUCAAAUAGACAAUAUUAUGAGCGGCAUCGCCCAUACGGGGAAUGUCAAAAUGAACAAUCAUCGCAAAAAGCUGCGACAAAGAUUUGAUAUUAUUAAGAAAUUAGGUCAAGGCACUUACGGCAAGGUACAGCUCGGUAUUAAUAAGGAAACGGGCCAGGAGGUGGCAAUUAAAACCAUAAAGAAAUGCAAAAUUGAAGCCGAGGCGGACCUGGUGCGCAUUCGACGGGAGGUGCAAAUCAUGAGCUCAGUGCAGCAUCCCAACAUAAUACACAUCUACGAAGUAUUCGAGAACCGCGAGAAAAUGGUGCUAGUCAUGGAGUUUGCCGCUGGCGGUGAGCUAUACGACUACCUGUCCGAGCGCAAGGUGCUCAGCGAGGAGGAGGCGCGCCGCAUCUUCCGUCAGGUGGCUACGGCCGUAUACUAUUGUCACAAACACAAAAUUUGCCAUCGCGACUUAAAGCUGGAAAAUAUAUUGCUCGAUGAGCAUGGCAAUGCGAAGAUUGCCGACUUUGGUCUGUCUAAUGUCUUUGACGAUCAGCGCCUGCUAGGCACCUUCUGCGGCUCACCGUUGUAUGCCUCGCCAGAAAUCGUGGAGGGCACACCGUACCAGGGACCGGAGGUGGACUGCUGGUCCUUGGGCGUACUGCUCUAUACUCUAGUCUACGGCUCCAUGCCGUUUGAUGGCUCAAACUUUAAGAAGCUAGUGAAACAGAUCAGCCAGGGCGACUACUAUGAGCCGCGACAGCCUGUGCGUGCAUCCACGCUCAUUCGGGACAUGCUGACGGUUAGUCCGCAGAAGCGAGCCACCAUCGAGCAGAUAUGCUCGCAUUGGUGGGUGAACGAGAACGACAAUGUGUCAUGCCUGGAUUUGGCCGAGGAUUUGGCGAAUCAGACGCCAGUGCGUCUCGACGUUCUGCUAUCGCUGACCCCGGCUGCCAUCACAGCGGAUCAACUGGUUGUGCCAUCGGCGGAGAGCUCGGCGGCCGCAGCAGCCGCCGCCAAGGCAGCCGGGAAUGAGCGCGUUCAACGCUCGCAUUCAGUGGGCUCCAUACGUGAUAUGGGGGCGCCCAGCACGGAGGCAGAGCGUCGCAUCCUGGACAUGGUUGCUGCUGGCGGCGAGGCUGCCCUAAUGCCAUCACCCACACGCACCAUUACACCCGCCCAGAGUCCGGUGCAGGCCAAACGCAAGCUGCAGCCGACGGUGUCUACGGAGAACGCCGCUGGCACCACGGCCAAGAAGAAGGAGAAGCCGGCCAACAGUUCGUUCGUCAUCAGCGAAGCAACAGUGCCAUCGCUCGCACCACCAACAACCACAGCACCGCUCGCACAAGCCGCCACCACACCCUUGACGGCGCCCCAGCCCAUGGAGACUGAGAGCGUUGCGCCCGCCGACGAGCAGCCAGCGUCGAACUCGGCGCCCGGCUACUCCCCGCAGGACAUGCAGAAGGUUGGCAAUCUGUGCGAGCAGCUCAUUGGAGAGCCCGCUGCACCACCCGCCAAUGCUGUGCCGCGACAGCCAACACGUGCCAAACUGGAUGCUGUAGUGGAAGCACCCGAGGAGAAGGACGCCACCAAAGUGAUUAAGAAGUUUGUGAACAAACACAAGACCGCCGACUUGGUGAAUGCCAUCAAUGAGAGUGCCAGCGGCAAGGCCACGCCCAGCGGCACUGCUGCUCCACAGACACAGCCGCCGGCUGCGCCGUUCGUGCGCAAGUGCAGCCUGCAGGAUGAGUCCACACUCAACAAGUUCAAUGCGGAGCGUCGCAAGUCGCGCAUUCUGGAAACAGCUGAAAAGUUUCAGCCGCCGCCGACCACUGUGGCGCCGGAAAAGCCCAAGAAGCUGAGCAUACCCGGCGUGAGUGUGGGCAGCUUCAAAAAGGAGUUCGAGCGCAAGGCCACAAAUCCGACGCCAAUGACUGGGCCCACGCCGGGCGAGCGUCGCGCCCAGGAGCAGGUGGCCGCCGCUGCGGCUGCGGCUCAAGAGGCCGAGGCGCAGGAGGCCUUGGGCACACCGCCAGCUUCGCCGGUGGUGAGUGGCGCUCUGGAGGGCAGCGACUCCAAGAACUCGGUGGCCUCGAUAUCGCUGGAAGAGGCGCGUCGCUCCAUGGAGAACUCGAUUGCGCUGCUGCGACAGGCGCAGAACGAGUCCAACAAGGAACUGGACCAGCUCUGCGCCCAAACCGAGACCAUCGGCGUUAGCGAGCCGACGGCCGAAGAGCGCGAGCGUAAGUUGAAGAAUGCGCGCGCCAUAAUUGGAAACGCCAUCCAGCCAGUGAUACGCCGGCCAACAGCAUUAUUUGGCAUGGGCAAUGGCUUCGGCAGCGGCGGUGUUGGGGGCGGUGCAAUGCUGCCGUUACCGAUGCGCACUGAGAGUGCCAGCAAUUUCAUAGGCAAUACGAACAACAACAGCAACAACAGUCCGGCUAAUGCAUUGGCAGCUGCCAAGCAAACAUUGCAGCAGCGUCUCUUCUCUGGCGGCGUGCCUGGAGCGACGGCGGCGCCACAGCGAGUGGCCAUGUGGCAGCCGCAGACUGCGUACAGCACGGCGAGCAUAUUCCAGCCGCUGCCCACCAGCAGCCCCUUUCGGCAGAUGCAGCAGCAGUACCAGCAGAAGUGCCAGGAGGCUCAGCAGCAGCAACACCUACGAUCUACAAGCAGCGCUCUGUUCACGCCACCGCCCUCGCCGCUGUACGCCCCCAGCCAUGGCCACGUUCAAGUCGGCAGCAGCAACAAUAGCGGCAACAACCACAACAACAACAACAACAACCCCAACAAUCCGAUGCCAAUUAUCAAUUACAAUGUCAGCUCGCGUACGAGACCAUUUCAUAAUCAAGCUCAAGACACUCUCAAUACAUCUGCCUUGCCUGCGGCUGUGUGGCUGAAAUCCUCGCCAGGCGGAGAUGGAUCAGCAGGCGGCGCCGUGAAAACAUCGACCGCCUCCAUUACGCUGAAGUCGGCGACGUUGCCGCGACGCAAAAUCAAUGCCAAAUCCGAGGUGCAGCUGGACAUCAAGCCGCGCGUGCCCGAGCACCCGCAGCCGGCGAUGCGUUUCAGCACCGAGAUGCAGCAUCCAGUGGCCGACCUGCGCAGCGCGCCGCCACGCGAGGGCCCCAUGCCGUACAGCCCCAUCAAGACCACGCUGCAGUCGCGCGCCACCAGUCUGGAGCCCAAGGAGCACAUCAUCACCAUACAGCGGCCACCGACGCAACAGGCUUACGGACGCACCAGCUCCAACACCACAACACGCUCCGGCUCGUUGUCACGUCAAUCCACUGUUGAAUCCGAAGCGGAAUCAACCGCCACCAUGUCCCAGUCCACUGUGACUGGCGGGCCGAGCAUCUCGCAGCCCAUUAAGAAGAGUCCACGCGAAUUUAUUAUACCCAUUGCCGUGGAGGGCGGUGGCUUCAUCACGCCACGCGAGCGCAGCAUUGAGCCAUCCGAGUCGGGUCAAACAACCACCUCCAGUCGGUCGACAUUCAGCCGACUGCGUCCAGCGCAUCGGAUUGGAUCCCUGCUCAGCGAGUCGGGCUUUGAUGAGAGUUCGCCAUUCCAGAAGAUGCGCACAGCAUCGAUAACUCGUGAUGGCGCUGACGAGGAUUCGCUCUUUACCCCGCACAGAUUAAGGAGCUCGAGGCCCGUCAAGAAAAUUAGCCAGGACAACGAUUCACAGAGCUCCGGCGAGGAGGAUGACGAAGAUGGCUUUGAGAUACUUACCGCGGAGAACCUGUUCUCGACAUUGUUGCAACGCGUGCGCACGCUCACGAAUCGCAUGAACGUCAACAGCGACCUGACAGCCGGUUUUCCCAGUCAUUCUAGUCGCCUGCUGACAGAUAUAUCGCGGCAGGCACAGGGCCACAGGCCCUUCUGGAGUCAGGGCGGCCCCUUUGGCAGCGAGCAUAGGUCACAAGUCAGUUAUAGCUAUACCCAAACGGUUGAGAAGAAGCAAGUUCGUCUGAACAGCGCCAGCAACAGCAGCGGCCUGGGCGCUCCCUGGCGGCACAGCAUGUCCCGGGACCUGGGCAGCGAUAUGGAGUCGAUGUUCUCGCGCACGGGCGCCACGCUGCCAAGAGGGCAUCACUCCAAGAGCAGCUCCAGCAAAGGCAAAGCAGGUCCAGGAGGUGCGGAGAAUGGAAAGGAGAGCGCAGCCGAGGCCAACGCCGAGGAGCCACUCGACCUGGCCGACUUGGAUCUAUCGCGCUUGCGACUGAGCAAAAAGGAUCUCGAAACGCUGUCGAGCAUAACGCCAGGGCUGCCCAAAUGCUUCCAGGAGCAGUUGCUGGCCAAGCUGCCGCCAACGCAGGCCCGCAAGCUGUCUCGCACUCUGAGUGUCCAGAGCGGCGCUGCUACGACGCCAGCUAUUAAGGUGUACAAACGCAGCCAGAGCAGUGGCCGUGGCUACAUAGCGGAACAGCCCGAGGAGGACGCCAAGAGCAAACCCCUGACGGAUGCACCAAAGACCACGUCGGCCAGCACGGCCAUCUACCGGCGCAGCCUGAGCCGGGCGCCCAGCCAGGGCCCCGCCCAGGAAUCGAGUGCAGCUGCAGUGGCCGCGAAAAGCCGCAGCAGCAGCGUCUGCCGCGACGACUACGGCAAGUCCUCGCUGUGCAGCAGCAGCUACACCAGCGACAUCAAUGACAAGUACAAGUACUACUCGCCGUAUCUGAGCAAGUCCGGCAAUGCGGCCGCGUUGACCAAGGAGGUACCGGAAAAGCGUUAUAGCGCUGCUGUGGGGCGUCCACCGAGCGGCUACCUGUCGCCACCGCCACAAACUCCGAGUGUGGCCGUGGCCGUGACUGACGGCAGCAGCUCGUUGCGUAGACGCUCCUCGCAGCGUCGAAUCUCACGCUUUCUGCGGCCCGACUUCUUCGACGAGCCACGCGAGCGCGACUCCCAAAGCGUGCUGCGCGAGAUACGGGAAAAGUCUUGUGAUCGCUUCGAAGCGACUGCGGCAGCGGCAGCGGCAACGGAGGAUCUGCGCCAACGCAAGCACAGCCUGCCCAAUGUGGAGUCCGAGGUGGAGCCAAGCCAAACGACAAAGCGGCAUGCGCGCAACAAGAGCAUGGAACAGUUCUCUGACGCAGUAGCGGAACCACAGCCGGUGGCCCAGCAAUCUGAGAAGAGACGAAGCCAAUCACGUUCGCGAGAAAUGGACACAGAGCUGGAUAAACACGACCUGGCCAACAAAAUACUGCAGGAGCUGCAGCUGCUGUCCGCGGUGCGAACCCAGAAGGAGAACGAUCAGCGCUCGACCACCGAGCAGACAACUGUCGAGACAUCUAGAGCUAACAGAACCGAAGAAACUUCCACCAUCAAGAAGGUGAAGAAAAUCAAGUCAAAGGAGAAGGACACUGAGAUAAGCGCCGAUGCCGAUGCUGGCAAAUCAAUCACGACAACAACAACCACAGCAACAACAAGCCAGCUCGUGCGAAAAGUCAAGCGGGUCGUCAAGAAGUCAACGGAUGAAUCUACCGUAUCGCAGCUCGGUGCGGAAACGCAGCUCAACGAGCAGCCCGCUCCAAUGGACACGAAGAUAAAGCGACCUAAGUCGUAUCCCAUGAAGGAUCUGGGUCUAAGCCUCAAGGGAAACACAGAAAUACCUUUGCCCCAGACUUCGGCCACAACAUUGCAAAGCAAACUGCCCAAUAAGAUAGCCACGACGGCAACAGAGACGUCCACUGAUGCUCCCAGAGAAAGCCGACUGAUGCGACCCAAAAGCUACCCGGCCACAAAGCUGGCCAUGCCCAAGGAUAUCAGAAAGGUAACUCGCAGCGGUGCGGCAAUACCCAGCAUCGCCGAGACUGCGCUGGCACCGACCACAGCAUCGAGCUCCAAGUCAACUGCCGAAGAGAAGACGGCAACAAACGCAGGUUUAAUGAGCACAAUGACUGAAAAGGACACUGGAGCCUCUUCUGCGGAACAGCGUUCGACGUCCACUAAGAAAGUGAUCAAAGUGUCCAAGAAGUCCAAGCUGGUGCCACCGACUCCAGUCACCCCUUCUACACCCCCAACCACAACAACAACAACAGCAACGACUUCAGCGAACAGCUCCAAGGAGUCGAGUCCUGCUAUCAAGUCGAAGGAGAAGUCGCCCGAAAAGAAACCCAGCAAGGGUCUGCUCUAUGCCAUUGGGCAAAAGUUCGAGAAGCUCCGUGACUCUGCCAUGAGCAAGGAGAAGAAAGGAAGCAUGCCCAGCUCAACUCUAAACUGUGCACAGAAACAAGACUGGACAGAGGAGCGCAGCUCUCCAGAGAAGUCUGCGUCAACGCUGCAGCGAAAAAAGAAAGCCGUGGAUGCGGAAAAGUCCCAGGAAACGGCCACAGACGAAAAACGUGUCGAUAAGAGAUCCCGCUUCGACACCAUGCUCCGCUCAUUGCGAGAACGCUCUGUUCCCCGCACGCAGCCCGCAGCCUGUGCCAGUCCCAAGCGAUCCGCCAGCGUUGAGGAGCUGCACGUCGACGGCAACAGCGGGGCAGGAAAGCAGAGCGGCGCCGUGAACAAAAUGCUGGGUGGACUCUUGCGACGCUUCGAUCGCGAGAGCAGCGAGCAGCGGCGCGUGCGUAGUACGCGCUCGUCCAGCAAUAUUGAGAGGCAGGUGCGCGAGGCGCAGGACAUGUCGCUUCCAACGUCCCCCAUCUACCAGAAUGUGAGCAAGCCCAAAAAUGCGGCUGCCGAGGAGAACUGCAACUGCGAGACGAUAUGUCCGGAGUGCAUACAGAAUCAGGGUGCCGCAGAGGCGUCAUCGGCUGCCACGACAACGACGCAGACUGGCAGCAAUACCCAAAGCAACAAGGAGAAGCGCAAGGGUCUCAUGCUGGAUCUGAGCAAUGCGACCAGUGGAAGCGCAUCCGGACCGACUACAAGCACUGCGACAACCACGACCAAUACCAGCGGGAGCUACCGAGGUGCAAAGACGAAUCCGGCUCUGAUCAAUGGCAACGGGCUGUACUCCAAUUUGCCGCCGUAUCCGGGUGCCAUGAAGAGCGCCUCCUCCAACAACAGCUCGAGUCAGCAGUCAAUGGAUAAUGCCACCAACAACAACUCUGUCAAUACCAACAACAACUGCAGCUCGCAGACGUCGGGCUACCGCACCUCCUCGGCGCAUGAGAUCAAUCGGAAUAACCUGUUGACGCCCUCGUUCGAGAACAUUGCCAACUACUCGUCGGACUCGAGAAGCUACCAGGACGACUGUGCCUCGACCUCAACGUUUAUGUCGCCCACCGAGGAGCCCGAGCUGUACUUCGACAACUGGUCCGUUUGCUCCGAGGACAACUACAUGCUGCAUGCAACACCGUCACCCACGGUGUCCCGGCUCUCGCGCACCUCACAGCUGUCGUCGCCCACGCGCUGCUCCGAGAGCUCCGAUCCGAAUGAGAGCGUGAUCGAUCGCAUUAAGCGUCGCAGCUUCUACAGUCGCUUCAAUGAGCAGAAGCCUCGACGCACCAGCAGCAUUGUUGGCCCCUCGGCGGUGCGAGACUAUUACCGCGAGCAGCAGGCGGCAGUGAAGGCGCGCUCCAGCCAAAAGCUGCAUGCAGCAGAGGUGGAGACGCGCGGCCACUCCCCGGACAUUACUCAACAGUUUUUCAGGCCACUAAAGCUCAGUCCCGUGGGCACGGAGCUCAAGCCGCCCGUCUAUCGCUCUCCGCUGGACUAUUCAGCGUCUGCGUCGGCGGGCGCAACGAGCAAACCUCGCAAGAGUCUCAACGACAUUCGCAACACGUCGCCAUCGUUCCUGAGCAAGCGCUACGAGUCGCAGGACUACAGCUCCGUGCCCAUGCGCUACAAGAGCUCGUCCAGCUCCAGUCCCAGCAAUACUGCCGUUGGCGGCAUCAAUGGCUACUACAACACCUACAACCCCAAGCGCCGCUCCUCCUACACGCUGAACGGCACCCUGCCCUCGGGCACCAGCAGCAGCGCCGGCACCAGCAGUCAUCUGGAUGGCUAUGCCACACUGGGACGCCGCUCGAUAAGACCCUACGAUCAUCGCACCAUGUCGCUCCUGGAGCCACCCACCAGCGGCAGCAGUACGGCGGGCACUUACCACAGGCGAGAGGCCCGCACUCCAGUACGGGACUACACAUCGAGCAUCUCGCGUUCUGGAUCCCGUUACCGUACCUCGUCAGCUACGCGCAGCCCUACAAACAUUUGAUGUUCCACACCGCAGAAUGGAUUCUGCAUCUUCUGCUACUACUCAAAACGGAAAAGGGCCGCCCAUGGCCCAGCCAUGGCCACGCCGCCCAAUACAACUGCCUCCUCGUCAGCCUCGGCCUCAUCCUCGCGCGCCAGCAGCGGCGGCAUCAAAAAGCUAAUGCAAUCCGCACAAGCUCAUCACAAUCAGCAUAGGUUCUAGGAAGCCACUCAAUCGAUGCUGCCGCGAUAUCACGACAACUCUCUCAGUAGAGCGGAAUGGAGCCCACGUUGAGUGCCCCAAUUUAGGCAUAACUGAUUUUUGAUAUGUUUUAUAUAGCGAAAGUUAAAAUUUAGUGCAGGUCGCCCUGGAGCUCUGCUUGUAGUUGACCCAUUAACUAGUCAGAUAUACACAUAGUAACGUUUCAGAGAUAGACAGUGAAAGAAGCUGUAGUAGAUGUCCUUGUGACCGAUGAUCAUUGUUGUCGCCUAGGAUUCUCAAAUAAUUGUGCCUUGGUUCCUUCGACGUUUUUAGAUUUAGCCCUAGACAUAAAGAUGAUUUAAUUUGUAAGCAGUUAACGGUACGGGAUGCACGGUUGAGGAAUGUUAAUUUUUUAACGAAUAUUUUAGAGAUAUUUUAUAUGAUAUUAUUAAGAGCCCCACGCCGAAAAAUGCGUUAAAAUUUUAUCAAUAAUUUUAACACGAAUUUUUUGCAAAACAGUACUGAAUAAUGAUUUGAGAAAUUGAUAGCUUGCAAUGGUAUUGAUAUUGUAUUGGUGCCAUCUUUCGUUAACUAGAACUAUUGAUGUUAUUGCAAAAUAAUAGAAGAUAUGUGUAGAAUUAACGAGAGCAAAAGAUUCGAGUGUAGCGAAAACAAAAAGCGAAUUUAAAA